AUGGGGGUAUUGAAACAUUUUUUCUUUUUGUUAUUUCUGUAUGUUAAUAAUACGAGUGCUAUCAAUAAUCCUCAAGAGGAGUUUAUGGACAGAUUUGAUAUAAAUAAGAAUCAUGUGAAUAUAAAAUGGUCAAACUCUGGGAUACAUGGAAAGGGGAAAUUCAAAUAUGAAAUUGAAGAAAGAGACGUACUUUCAGAAGGGAAUGAAUCCGAAAAAUCGACUAUUUGCCCAAAUCAUGUAAAAGAAGGAACUUACAAACUCGGUUGUCCCGAUUAUGGGAAAACUUUUUUGAUGGGUUUUGAGGAUAAUAAAUAUAGUGAAGAGUUUUUAAAUGAAAUAAGUUUUGGUUUUUUGAAUAAAAAAUAUAAACUUCCUAUAGAAAUUCCUUUGAACAAAAGUGGAUUAUCUAUGUACCAAGGUCUCUUUAAACGUUGUCCUUAUAAUAAGAAACAUUAUAGUAUGAUAAAAAAUGAAAAUGAAUAUGAUAUGUGUUUUCGUAAAUUUUAUAACAAUAGUAAUAUAUCCACAAGGAUAUAUAAACGAGGUAAACAAAAUAGAAAAUACAUAUAUUUUAGUUCACAUGGUCUUGGGGGUAGAUUAGGUGCUAAUAUUGAAGAACCUUUACAUAAAUAUAAGAACGAUGAACACUAUGUAACUAAAAAAAUGAGAUAUCCAGAAAAAAUAAAAAAUUUGUUUGAUUGUUCUAUAUAUUCUCAUUGUAUAGGACCCUGCCUUUACAAAGAUUUUAAUAAUAGUUGCUUUCUUAAUUUACCCAUUCUUUUUAAUCAUCAAACAAAAGAAUGUGUAAUUAUAGGAACACAUGAAGAAAAGAGAAUUCAUAACUGUCAAAGUGGAAGUACUGAUCAGAAUAUACAGAGAUGUUUUCUUCCUGUGAAAAAAGAAAAAGGUAACCAAUGGACCUAUGCAUCAUCCUUCAUACGUACAGAUUAUAUGACAAAAUGUCCACCAAGGUUCCCAUUAAAUCAUACUAUGUUUGGAUAUUUUAAUUAUAGUACUGGAAAGUGUGAGACGUAUUAUAUGAAUCAUGAAAAACGUACAUUAUCAUUUUCAAAAUGUAUUGAAACAUUAUUUAAUAAUAUUAAGAAACAGGAUGAUGUGAAUAAUAGUUCAUUUUUAUGGGGAGUUUGGACUAUAGAAAAUAAUGCAAAUGAAAAAACGAAUUUAGCAUCUAUGGAUAAUACAGGAUCAUGCUACUUUUUAAAGAAAAAGCCAACAUGUGUACUGAAAAAGGAAAAUCAUUUUUCUUUUACUAUAUUAACAGCAAAUUCAUUUAAUCUAAAUCAAAAUAUAAUAUAUCCUGAACUAAAAAAUAAUUCUUCUAAAGAGGGUUCCAGUUUAAUUCAUUUUAAAGAUCCAAAACAAACUAAUAAAAGGGUGCUAUAUGAAAAUAAUAAAAAAUCAAAAAGAAAUGUAAGGACAAAAAUAAAUUCUGUAAAUCCAUUUACGAUACCUUCAACUUUAAAUACAAAUGAGAAGGAAGAAUAUAAUAAGAACGAAGUAAAAAAUUAUCCUAACAAUAAUAUAUCAUAUAUACAAAAAGUUCAUUCAUCUUUUGUAAACAAUAGGUUUAAUAUUCAUUCAGAUAGUUCAUUUAAACCAAUACAUAAAAUGAUACAAAUGAAUAUAUAUACAGAUAAUAAAUUAUAUAAUAAUAAUAAUCAAAAAAUUAAAGAUUCAAAUAAUAAUAUGAAUGGAAUGUCAGUAACUCAAAGAAGUCCAUCUAUAGGAGAAAAUCAAAAUGGAAACCCGCAACAAAAAUAUAUGGAAAGAUUUGAUAUUCCAAAUAAUCAUAUAUUCAUAGAAUGGCAAAAGGAAGGUGAAUAUGGAAAUGACGAAUUUAAAUAUAAUAUUAUAUCAAAUAAAACAGCAGGUACAAGUCAAUCAUUAUUCCAUAAUUAUAAAGACAAAACAUGUCCAAAUCAUGUUUAUGAAGGGAGGGCACAUGGUAGUUGUCCAAAUUAUGGUAAAGCUAUUAUUGUACAAAAUCUUCUAGGUGAAGAAUAUGAUAAGAAUUUUAAUUUGAAUUUUUUAAAUGAAAUACGUACAGGAUACCUUAACAAAUAUUUUAAGAAGGAUGUCGAAAUAUCUUAUGAAAAUAGUGGAAUAGCUAUGCAUAAUAACAUGUUAAGAAGUUGUCCGGUUCAUGAAAAUGAAGAAAAAUUAUUUUCUGUGAAAACGGAUUAUAAUUAUAAAAUGUGUAAAUCUAAAAUAUUUUCAAAUCGUUUUACCAUGAAGGAGUAUGACCCCAAAACACGAUUGUUUAUGUAUUAUGGUUUGUAUGGUUUAGGUGGAAGAUUAGGUGCUAAUAUUAAACGAGAUAAACAGAAAGAAAAAAAAUAUGAAGAUAAUAUAACAUUACCAAUGAAAAAUCCAUCACUAAUUAAGAAUUUGUUCGACUGCUCUAUAUAUUCUUAUUGUUUGGGUCCUUGUUUAGAAAAUUCUUUUGGUAAUAAAUGUUUCCGUAAUCUGCCUGCUUAUUAUAAUCAUUUAACAAAUGAAUGUGUUAUAUUGGGUACACACGAACAAGAAAGAACAAAUUCGUGUAGAAGAACGAAAGAAGAAAAGAAAAAACCUAAUUGUCAGAUAUUAAGAAAAACAACUGAUUCGAAAGAUUGGACAUAUGUCUCUUCAUUUAUCAGACCUGAUUAUGAAACAAAAUGUCCACCUAGAUACCCUUUAAAAUCAAAAGUUUUUGGAACCUUUGACCAAAAAACAGGAAAAUGUAAAAGUCUCAUGGACAAAGCAUAUGAAGUUGGAAUUAAUAAAUUUUCAGUCUGUUUAGAAUAUUUAUUUUUAGUAUCACCUAAGGAUUUAUAUAAUAGCGGAAGAAAUAACUAUUGGGGUAUUUGGGCAGCAGAUCAUUCUGUUAAUGAAAAUAAUAUUGAAAUAGCAAAUGGUAAAUGUUAUCAUUUAGUUGUAAAACCAACAUGUGUCAUAGAUAAGGAAAACCAUUUUUCUUUUACAGCGCUUACAGCAAAUACUGUUGAUUUUAACCAAUCCGUUAAUAUAAGAAAGAUUGAAGAAUUAACUGAAUAUGGAAACAAUGAUGAUGUACUAAAAGAAAAGGAAAUUAAUAAUGAACCUAUUGAUAAUGUGAAUGAAACAAAAAUUAAUAGAAAAAGUCAUGUAAAUUCUAUGGAAAGAAAUAAACCCUCUUAUAAGGAAAAUGAAUAUGACCAAAUGGAAAAAAAUGUUGAAGAUGAAACAUACUCCGAAGAAUUUGGAUUAUUUGAGGAAGCGAGGAAGACAGAAACAGGAAGAAUAGAAGAAGAAUCAAAAAAAAAGGAAGCUAUGAAAAGAGCUGAAGAUGCAAGGAGGAUAGAAGAAGCGAGAAGAGCUGAAGAUGCAAGGAGGAUAGAAGAAGCGAGAAGAGCUGAAGAUGCAAGGAGGGUAGAAAUAGCAAGAAGAGUUGAAGAUGCAAGGAGGAUAGAAAUAUCAAGAAGAGCUGAAGAUGCAAAAAGGAUAGAAGCAGCAAGAAGAGCUAUAGAAGUAAGAAGGGCAGAAUUAAGAAAAGCUGAGGAUGCAAGGAGGAUAGAAGCAGCAAGAAGAUAUGAAAAUGAAAGGAGGAUAGAAGAAGCAAGAAGAUAUGAAGAUGAAAAGAGGAUAGAAGCAGUAAAAAGAGCUGAAGAAGUAAGAAAAGAUGAAGAAGAAGCAAAGAGGGCAGAAAAAGAAAGGAAUAAUGAAGAAAUAAGGAAAUUCGAGGAAGCCAGAAUGGCGCAUUUUGCUAGAAGACAAGCAGCAAUCAAAGCUGAAGAAAAAAGAAAGGCUGAUGAAUUAAAAAAAGCUGAAGAAAAGAAAAAGGCCGAUGAAUUAAAAAAAUCUGAAGAAAAGAAAAAGGCUGAUGAAUUAAAAAAAAAAGCUGAAGAAAAGAAAAAGGCUGAUGAAUUAAAAAAAAAAGCUGAAGAAAAGAAAAAGGCUGAUGAAUUAAAAAAAAAAGCUGAAGAAAAGAAAAAGGCUGAUGAAGUAAAAAAAGCUGAAGAAAAGAAAAAGGCCGAUGAAUUAAAAAAAUCUGAAGAAAAGAAAAAGGCCGAUGAAUUAAAAAAAUCUGAAGAAAAGAAAAAGGCUGAUGAAUUAAAAAAAAAAGCUGAAGAAAAGAAAAAGGCUGAUGAAUUAAAAAAAAAAGCUGAAGAAAAGAAAAAGGCUGAUGAAUUAAAAAAAAAAGCUGAAGAAAAGAAAAAGGCUGAUGAAUUAAAAAAAAAAGCUGAAGAAAAGAAAAAGGCUGAUGAAUUAAAAAAAAAAGCUGAAGAAAAGAAAAAGGCUGAUGAAUUAAAAAAAAAAGCUGAAGAAAAAAAAAAGGCUGAGAAUUUAAAAAAAGCUGAAGAAAAGAAAAAGGCUGAUGAAUUAAAAAAAAAAGCUGAAGAAAAGAAAAAGGCUGAUGAAUUAAAAAAAAAAGCUGAAGAAAAGAAAAAGGCUGAUGAAUUAAAAAAAAAAGCUGAAGAAAAGAAAAAGGCCGAUGAAUUAAAAAAAGCUGAAGAAAAGAAAAAGGCCGAUGAAUUAAAAAAAGCUGAAGAAAAGAAAAAGGCCGAUGAAUUAAAAAAAGCUGAAGAAAAGAAAAAGGCUGAUGAAUUAAAAAAAGCUGAAGAAUUAAAAAAAGCUGAAGAAAAAAAAAAGGUUGAACAAAAAAAAAGAGAAGAAGAAAGAAGAAAUAUGGCGUUAAGAAGAGCCGAGAUACUUAAACAAAUAGAGAAAAAGAGAAUAGAAGAAGUAAUGAAAUUAUAUGAAGAAGAAAAAAAAAUGAAGGCUGAACAACUUAAAAAAGAAGAAGAAGAAAAAAUAAAGGCUGAACAACUUAAAAAAGAAGAAGAAGAAAAAAAAAAGGUUGAACAACUUAAAAAAAAAGAAGAAGAAGAAAAAAAAAAGGCUGAACAACUUAAGAAAGAAGAAGAAGAAAACAAAAUAAAGGCUGAACAACUUAAAAAAAAAGAAGAAGAAGAAAAAAAAAAGGCUGAAGAACUUAAAAAGGAAGAAGAAGAAGAAAAAAAAAAGGCUGAACAACUUAAAAAAGAAGAAGAAGAAAAAAAAAAGGUUGAACAACUUAAAAAAAAAGAAGAAGAAGAAAAAAAAAAGGCUGAACAACUUAAAAAAGAAGAAGAAGAAAACAAAAUAAAGGUUGAACAACUUAAAAAAGAAGAAGAAGAAGAAAAAAAAAAGGCUGAAGAACUUAAAAAGGAAGAAGAAGAAAAAAAAAAGGUUCAACAACUUAAAAAAGAAGAAGAAAAAAAAGCGGAAGAGAUAAGAAAAGAAAAAGAAGCUGUAAUAGAAGAAGAGUUAAAAAAAGAAGAUGAAAAAAGAAGAAUGGAAGUAGAAAAAAAAAUUAAAGAUACAAAAGAUAAUUUUGAAAAUAUUCAAGAAGGCAAUAACAAAAAUACACCAUAUAUUAAUAAAGAAAUGUUCGAUUCCGAAAUAAAAGAAGUUGUUAUUACAAAAAAUAUGCAGUUAAAUGAAGCAGAUGCUUUUGAAAAGCAUAAUUCUGAAAAUUCUAAGAGUUCCAAUAAAAAUGCAGAUUUUUCAAAAGAAAAAGAUUUAUUAGAAGAUGAUAUAGAAAAUAUAUUAGAAACAGAUGAAAAUGAGAAAAUUAAUAAGGAUGAUAUUGAAAGGUCGAAUAAUAACAUGAAAGGAAAUAAUAAUGAUAUAAUCUAUACAAAACUAGAUGUGGAAGAAUAUAAAAAAAGGGAUGUUAAUGAAACAAGGGAAAAAAUUAUAAAAAUAUCAAAAAAGAAUAUGUGUAAUAAUGAUUUUUCAUCAAAAUAUUGUGAUUAUAUGAAGGAUAAUAUUUCAUCAGGUACAUGUUCUAAUGAAGAAAGAAAAAGUUUAUGUUGUUCCAUUUCUGAUUUUUGUCUAAAAUACUUUGAUCAUAAUUCAAAUAAAUAUUAUGAUUGUACCAAAAUAGAAUUUGCUGAUCCUUUAUAUAGAUGUUUUAAAAAAAAGGAAUUUUCAAACAUGGUUUAUUUUGCUGGAGCAGGAAUAGUACUGAUACUCCUGUUUGUCAUUGGUUCAAAAAUGAUCAUAGGAAAGUGGUUUGAAGAAGCUACAUUCGAUGAAAUGGAUUUAAAUUAUGAUAAAAUAUAUACACUAGCAAUGAUAAAUAAUGAAGAAACUCAAGUAAGCAAUCCUUUAAGUUAUUCGGAAGAAAACAUAAUCAAAUGA